GCGAUUGACAGUUGGUUGGGAUCAGAUAAGCUCAAUUCAGCUUCUCAGAGAUUUUGUAGUAUAGAUCCGCUGGAUUUAAGGGUGCGUUUAGGUCCAGUGAUCUUGCGGGGAGUAGCGGGGAAUUGCUUAGUAUAACCGCUUUUUUAUAGGCCGAGGCCGCAAGGCUUUGGCCUAGUAAAUUGUCUUGUAAGCUGCGGAGGUCCUACCUCAUCCAGAAUCAGCAACCCAAGAGAGCGAGUAAUGGCCGCGGCUCCCUUAUAUGGGAAGGGGCUGGCCAUUUUGGAUUGGUCCAUAACAACUGUCACUCACCGUUACAUUGCAUUGUAGGUGAACAUGUCCUGAGAACCACCAAAGGUCCUUUAGCAAAACCAUAGAGUUCUGACCCUAAUCACAUGACCCGCAGGUCCUGCUACGCUGAACAGACUCCAGACUCUUAAAUGCCAACAUGAACGUGAUAUCUAACCUGACAUCUAACCAUUGCCUAGAACUGGUGGGCAAGCAAAACGUCAACAUUAUAUUGUUACAUUAUAAAGUGACUGGACGUCUAAUUGGUCGAUCAAGUGAAAAUGCCAUUUAUCUGAAGAUAUUCAGCAUUCUUAUGAGCCUGUUCAUCAUACUGGAGAACUUAUGUGUGCUGGUGGCCCUGCUGAGAUUCCUUCGUUUGAGGCGUUGGGUACACUGCUGUUUGGCAAACAUUGCAUUUAGUGAUCUACUGGCUGGCAUUUCCUACCUGCUAAAUAUAUGUCUCUCAGGCGAAAUAACUUUUCGAUUGAACCCACAACAAUGGUUUCUGAGAGAGGGCCUUCUCUUUACCACUCUAGCUGCCUCUACUUUCAGCCUGUUCAUAACCGCAGUGGAGCGAUAUUGUACCAUGGUAGCGCUAGUCUCAGAGAACCGCUCUAGAAAAGUGGUGCGUGCCCAGGGGUUGAUUAUUUUAUGUUGGCUGCUGGCUGCUAUUGUUGGGUCUUUGCCUUUGUUUGGGUGGAACUGCCUAUGCCACAUUGAAACUUGCUCCAGCCUUCUACCUCUUUACUCAAGGGAAUAUAUUUUAUUUAGCCUUGGACUUCUGUCCAUUAGCUUGAUUGGGAUUAUUGGUUUUUACUGCACUAUUUAUUACUUAGUGUGUUGCAAUGCCAGACGGACUGUAGUCACAACUCAAAGUCGUCGUGCUUUACACUUACUUAAAACCGUUAUCAUUAUCCUUGGCUCAUUUGUGGUCUGUUGGACUCCCCUGUUUGUCUAUCUUUUGGUAGAUUCCUCAUGCACUCCUCCUUCCUGUAAAUCCCCAGUAGGACUGGAAUGGGUUCUUGCCUUAGCUGUUUUGAACUCAGCCUUUAACCCAUUAAUCUACUCUCUUAGGAGUUCAGAAGUACGUAGAGCAAUGUUGGCAUUACUCUGCUGUGCUUGCACUAUGGCUGGACUUAACAUACCAGCAUGUCACCAACAAGGCCCGGAUGUCACCUCUGGUUCAUCAAAUGAAAGUUCACUCAGAAGAAUAAGCAGUGUGCGUCUUUCACAAGCAUUUAGUUUUAGGAGUCCAGUUACCAGCAUUUCUAGUGUGCCCAGUCAGUAAUACAUAUCUGGGCUAAUCUAAGUGGCUAACAUUCUUUAUAUUAUGCCCAAAGAGCUUUGUCUUAGAUAUGUCCAAUGAAUGUGUCUACAUACCUUGAUAACAACCUAAAAACAGAAAAGAAAACAUAAAUAAGAGUAAUACUAUGGAUUAUCUUCCAUUAAGUCAGCUUUAUUUUAUUAACUAAAUAAACAAAAAUUUGUUGACCGAUAA